UGCCACGUCAGACGGUUUCAAACCGUUGUUGAACGAAUUCUGUCCGUACCAGGAGUCUGCCCCUUCAAGCAGUGGAAAGAAAAUACAUAAACCCUAAACGUCCGGUAACCGUUACUCUUAAGCCAACCCUCUACUCCUCUCGCUGCCACCACAGGUCAUCUUCAUAUUAUUUUACAAAUGAAGAAAAUGAUAGCCUUGGGGUUUGAGGGUUCAGCCAACAAGAUAGGCGUUGGGUUAGUAACUUUAGAUGGCACCAUUCUAUCAAACCCACGUCACACCUACAUUACUCCCCCAGGGCAAGGAUUCCUUCCGCGGGAAACUGCCCAACACCAUCUCCAACACAUUCUUCCACUUAUAAAAUCUGCUUUGAAGACUGCCCAAAUAACCCCAAAUGAAAUUGAUUGCCUUUGCUAUACGAAAGGUCCUGGCAUGGGAGCCCCACUACAAGUCGCUGCCAUUGUUGUGCGGAUUCUCUCACAAUUGUGGAAGAAACCCAUUGUUGCUGUUAAUCACUGUGUGGCACAUAUUGAGAUGGGGAGGAUUGUGACUGGGGCAGUUGAUCCUGUUGUGUUGUAUGUUAGUGGUGGGAAUACUCAGGUAAUUGCAUAUAGUGAAGGGCGGUACCGGAUCUUUGGGGAAACUAUUGAUAUUGCUGUUGGAAAUUGCUUGGAUCGAUUUGCUAGGGUUUUAACGCUCUCCAAUGAUCCAAGCCCUGGAUAUAACAUUGAGCAGCUUGCGAAGAAAGGAGAAUUGUUUAUAGACCUUCCUUACGUUGUCAAGGGGAUGGAUGUAUCUUUCAGUGGAAUAUUAAGCUAUAUUGAAGCCACUGCUGUGGAGAAGCUAAAAAAUAAUGAGUGCACCCCUGCAGACUUGUGCUACUCCUUGCAGGAAACUGUGUUUGCAAUGCUUGUAGAGAUUACAGAACGGGCAAUGGCACACUGUGACACGAAAGAUAUUCUCAUUGUUGGUGGUGUUGGUUGCAAUGAGCGCCUGCAGGAUAUGAUGAGAACCAUGUGCUCUGAGCGUGGUGGAAGGUUGUUUGCUACUGAUGACAGGUAUUGUAUCGAUAAUGGGGCAAUGAUUGCAUAUACUGGUCUCCUUGCUUAUGCUCAUGGUACAUCAACUGCACUGGAGGAAUCAACAUUCACCCAGCGGUUUCGGACUGAUGAAGUACAUGCAAUCUGGAGAGAGAGAGAGAGUGCCAACUAACGUGAAUGGUUUCAAGCAGGAAAGCAGCUAAAUCUAGAGGAUCUGAAGGUUUUGAGUACUUGGGAUGAUUACUUGGAGAUAUCAGUACGUCAUUCUGUAACUAAACAUGAAGGAUCUACAAAAGACAAUAUAUUUGUAGUAUCAAAUUCAUCAGUUGAAACUGAAAUCUAAUUUCUCAAACAUACUUGUCC